AUGACAGAGGCAGGGGGAUCAAAUAAGAUCAGUAUUUCCGACCGUCAGCGUUUGAUUCAGGAUGUCAUUAGCGUUCCCCGUGAUGCGACUGCAAUCAUGCGUGCGUGUGCACAAAAUAUUCCUGAUAACUGCGAUAUAAAUUACAAGCAACUGAAGGUUAUUCUCCACCCUGACAGGUUUGUGUCGCCAGCAGACAAGCCAAGCGCAGAUGAAGCAUUCAAAAGGGUAUCGUGGGCCGAAGGGGAGAUUGAAAAACGCUUUCCUAGCGACCUCGACAGGAACCAUCAUUUCUUUCAGGGAGCAGGAUCUAAUGCCGAGCCGCAUGUUGAAGGGGAGCUAUCCUCGUAUCACAAACAAGCCUAUGAAGAAGCCACGCCUUACAUACAAUCUCUUUACUUUGGCUUACAGAAAGACCUACGUGUGAACCUUUACCAAGGACCUAUUCCCGCAGAAAUCCGAACGCCGGCUCAAAAGCUUGACGUAAUCAACAAGAAAAUACAAGAGGGAAACUCCAAAUUACAGAAAGAAUCCGAGCUCGGCAUCAUCCGCUACCAGGAUCUUUUGGGGAUAUGGAGACUAAUGUUUCUGUCACCGGAACUCGCACCUUCCCAAAUGUAG